AGCACUGUUUCGUCCAAGAACAACUAUAAUAAUACUACCAUGUGUAAAACGGUCACCUGCUACUGUUAUAAAAAGCAGGUGUAAGGUUCAUAAGCUUUCAAUAUCAAGGCAUUACAGGCAAGCCACAAUACAGUGAGAUGAAGGCUAAAAUCACGUUGUGGCUGGUGCUACUUUGUUGCUGUCAAUUGGGUUCCUCCAUUUUUUGCAAUGGCAACCAGAUAGAAUAUCUCAACAAGCUGAUAAAAUCUCGACAAUCCAGCAAGCCUCCCCUGGGUGAUAUAUGGCGGAGUGAUUUACAUGGAACAGUUUCUCCUGUGUGGAUAGGGAGCCAACAGGGGCUGAUGGAAGCAGACAAGAUCGAGGCUUUGCCAGGGCAGCCUCAAGGAGUGGAUUUUGAUCAAUAUGCAGGCUAUGUAACGGUGGACCCCGAAGCUGGAAGAGCACUGUUCUAUUAUUUUGUUGAGUCGCCGCUAAUUUCUUCCACCAAUCCCCUGGUAUUGUGGCUCAAUGGAGGGCCAGGUUGCUCGUCUCUUGGAUAUGGAGCUAUGGAAGAGCUGGGUCCUUUCAGAGUUAACAGUGAUGGAAAGACCCUGUUCCGAAAUGAAUAUGCAUGGAACAAUGUAGCAAAUGUGAUCUUCUUGGAGUCCCCGGCAGGAGUGGGGUUCUCGUAUUCGAACACUAGCUCAGACUAUAACAACGCUGGUGACAAGAGCACGGCUGAGGAUGCUUAUACUUUCCUUGUAAACUGGCUGGAGAGAUUUCCCCAAUACAAAACCCGUGAUUUCUUCCUAGCUGGUGAGAGCUAUGCCGGCCAUUAUGUUCCUCAGCUGGCAAAUACCAUUCUCUUGGGGAACAAGAACACCAACAAAACUAUCAUCAACCUCAAAGGGAUUGCCAUUGGGAAUGCUUGGAUUGAUGACAGUACGGGCAACAGAGGAAUGUACGAUUAUUUUUGGACGCAUGCUUUGAAUUCUGAUGAAACCAAUGCAGGGAUUAACAAUUACUGUGAUUUUAUUACGGGUAAUUUUUCAAGUACAUGUUUAAAGUAUCAAAACCAAGGAGAUGAAGAGGUUGGGAACGUAGAUAUAUACAACAUAUACGCCCCACUUUGCCAAUCAACAGCAUCAGCUUCAAAAGAUGGCCCAUCAUCUGGUUCUGUGAAGGAUAUUGACCCCUGCUCUGACACAUAUGUGAACUCCUAUCUCAAUCUUGCCGAGGUCCAAAGAGCUCUUCAUGUGAUACCCACUACAUGGUCAGCUUGCAGCGUUAUUGGAUGGGCAGACAGCCCAACAACUGUUCUACCUACAAUACAGUACUUGAUAGCAAGCGGAAUAAGAGUGUGGAUAUUUAGUGGAGACACAGAUGGCCGCGUUCCAGUGACAUCCUCUCGGUACUCCAUAAACACUCUAAAUCUUCCUGUGGAAACAGCGUGGCACCCAUGGAGCAUUAGAGGCGAGGUUGGAGGAUAUGUGGUUGAGUACAACGGAUUGACGUUCACCACAGUAAGAGGAUCUGGGCAUAUGGUUCCUAGCUACCAACCAGAAAGAUCGCUUGUCAUGAUCGCAUCUUUCCUCAAGGGGACACCUCUCCCUGCAGACAAAGAUCCAAAGCCAUAAUCCCAAUUCAACAGUUUAAUUAUCUUAUCAUUGUAACUUCAACCUACUUGUAACCAAAGCUACAAAAUACAUUUCCUGCUGAAUCUUACAUAACCAGGAAUAAAAAGGAAUUAUUUAUGUAAAACUGGAAUGUGUUUUAAGCCUGUUGAUUCAGAUAUCAGAAAGAUUUCUCUUAA